GAAAGCAGAUGAUGGCUCCAGGUGAACGGAAGAAAUACUGACCAAUUUAUUUUCAAAAUGUCGGUAUCGGACAAUACAGAGACAAUUGACGGGCUUCCCAAGCAGUUUAUUUCAUCUUUGAGGAUACUUUUUGAGAUUCUGGACGAGAAUCGGAGCGGAUAUGUUCGUUUGUGUGACAUCGAAUCGAGGUGGAGCGAAAAUGGAGUCAAAGGCUUACCCACAGGUGUCGUUGAAGCUUUGAGAAAAGUCACCCCGUCUGACGGUUUAUUGAGCUUUAGUAAGUUUGUGGCCGGUCUAAGAUUAGCGUUAUUGAAACAUAAGCCUGUCACAAGCCUCAGCGGAAAGGAGAAUCGUGGCCCGGGUCACCACAUCCCACGGGGUGACGCCCCUAGGGGGAGGGGGGACGCACCCCCACGAGGACACUCCCAACCCCCACCCCAAAUCACGAGAAGCUAUCCGCCACAAGCCCCUCCAGCAACAGCUGCAGUUAAACCUAAUAAUGCUGCAAAUACAAAUUUUAGAAGGGGCUAUGGACACCCAUCUCACAGUGAAAACAUUUACAGCAGUGCACAUGAGUUGUAUAGGGUGCCCCAAAGACCCGACCGGCCAACUCAGUAUAGGAAAUCUACCGAUUUGGCACCCCCAGACGUACCGCCGAGGGAGAAGUCGAAAGGGGGACGUGUAUUGAAUGAACUUAAAAACUGGCAGCGAGAACGUUCAAGUGCUGAGCCAAGAGAUCCGAGAUUACAAACCAACACUGAUAAACUAGCACCCACUAACAGCAGAGUCGACCAGUAUGCUAUAUAUGCUAAAGAUUCUACCAAUGAGGUAGCCCCGGAAAGAUUAAACAGAGCCAACAUUGAACAGUUUCAACGAAAAAAUGCCGAAGAAUCCGGCAAAUCCUCCGUCCACCCCUCUGUCCAGUCAAGCUCCGCCCUUCCAUCUAAUACAGCCGAGGCUCCACAGAAGCCAGUGCGCAGGCAGAACUCGGCUCGACGACACACACUCUCCAGUGGGCUCGACUACAAUGCUAUCAAGAGGAUGAAGCAGUUCGAGGAGGAGCGGGACAUGCUCCUGCAGGGACUGGAGGCAGUGGACACAGCUCGGGAGUGGUACCGCAAACAGAUCUCCGCCAUUCAAGACAAGCAGAAGUACCUCGGCAAGGCCGCGUUCAAUGAACACUCUCUGGAGGCCCACCAGGAGCGGAUGAACUUCCAGAAGGCCAGGAUCGUGGAGGUGAACCAACAGCUCCGGACUCUCACGGACAGCUCGGAGAAGGGCUUCCCGCUUCACAUGAACCUGGCCAUGGGUCCGACGGCCAACCUGCGCAUGAACAACAGCUCGGUGAAGAUGCUCAAAGACCAGAACAGACAACUCACCAAGGAGGUGAGCCAGAAGAGUGACAAGAUAACGCAGCUGGAGCAGGAGAAGUCCACCCUCAUCAGGGAGCUGUUUGAAUCCCGCUCCAAGCACAAGACCAACUACGACGACACUACGUUCAUGUAGACAACACACAAAAGUCAGCUGCUUGUGACAUUCAAGGAACUGUUACAACCCUUACUUUUAAACAAUACUACAAGGGUGGUGAUCAUGCAUAUUAUAUGCAGGAUUGAAACAAAACAUGCAUCACAAGUACUAAAACUGUACGCAGAUCCUAUUUAAUAGGAAAGACAAUCACAUGUUACUCUAGUUUGGUUAAUUAUGAUUAACAAAAUGCAGGUACCGUAUUCGAUGUAAUAAGCGCCCACGGUGACAUUUGCUAAGAUAUUGGCUAGUGAACAAUCCCAAUUAGCACCCCUUCCGAUUGAUCAAUGUUCGCAAGACUUAUUUAUUCGCGUAU